AUUUCAAAAAAAAAAAAACAAUCGAGAGAACCCCCAAUUCUGGUACGAAUUGAAACCCCCGACUGGAACUAACUGAAAUCACAAUUCGCCCUAACCACUCGCUAAUUGUGCAGAAACUAAAUCAAUUUUGAAAUUGAAGCCGUUAAAAUCGGCAAUGAAAAACGCUUCAGCUUCAGCUGCAGAAAGAGGAGAAGAUUCUAAUAAUCACAAUUCUAAGAGUCCAGCUAAACGGCUUAAAGAUGUGGAGGUUUCUGUUCCGAUAGUUUAUGGAACUAUUUCGUUCUGGCUAGGGAAAAAGGCAACUGAAACUCAAUCGCACAAGUGGACAGUUUAUGUGCGCGGGGCGACGAAUGCGGAUCUGGGAGCAGUGGUCAAACGAGUCGUGUUUCAGCUGCAUCCUAGUUUCAAUAAUCCUGUCAGAGCGGUUGAAUCACCACCAUUUGAGUUAUCGGAGUGUGGAUGGGGUGAAUUCGAAAUAGCUAUUACCCUUUACUUUCAUGCUGAUGCUUGUGAUAAACCGUUGACCUUAUUUCAUCAUUUGAAGUUGUAUUCUGAAGACGAACCUGGCACUCAGUCAAUCAAAAAACCUGUUGUAGUGGAGUCUUAUGAUGAGAUUGUUUUCCCGGAUCCUUCUGAGAACUUUUUUGCUCGUGUGAAGAAUCAUCCAGCCAUCCUGUCUUAUGUGUCUGCACCAUUGGGCCUGCAUUCAGUAGAAGAAGUUAAUGAAGCAAAGGAAGAAGAGACUAAAGAUCACCCACUUAGCCAGUGGUUUAAAAAUUUCUCGGAGGGGGAUGAGCUAUCGAAGCUUGCUGCAGCUCGUCAACAGGUGCAAGGUCACAUUGUCAAGCUAAGAAAUCAGUUGAGUUCUAUGAAUGGGCAGCUAGAGUCUGUGGUGAUCGAAUGUGACUAAGGAUAUGAAAGUGUGGAAGGCAUAAAACCAACAUGGCUUUUGAGUUGAACUGUUUUGCACCUUAGAACAUGUUUUCUUCUGUAUUUGUGUUACUAGAGCAGAGACCCUUGAAACUAGUGGCUCUCGAUUUUAUCAGGAUACAUAAACAGACUUGCUUGUAUCGCAUGCCUGAUGUUCUUUACUGUAGUGUUAAACUUCCAGCAGCUCACAUGGGGAAGCCCUGCCUUUGUUGCUUAUAAGUUUGUCUUUUUUGUAAAUUUUUUUUUCUUGAUUGCGCAGCUGUAAAUGAUUGCAGAAUUGUAAAAUUGCUUCACUAUCAAGGCUAUUGUGUAUGUGGAACUAUAAAUAAAUACUCACCUCUACUUUGUGUGUGUGAACUUAUUUA